UUGAACAUCAACAAAUCAAAUUCAUCUGAUCACAACAUCAAACUCAUGUGUCAACAACACAAUGAUUUAUAAUGUAAAAGAAAAUAGUUUAUCAGCAAAUUAUACUGAACAAAACAAAUGUAUGCAUUGUCAUCAUCAAUCAGAAUAUAAACCGACGUGUUUAACUUGUUCAACAGGUGGUACAAAUCAAAAUGUAUCAAUUCCUAAUAAUAAUAAUAAUAAUAAUAGUUUUGUUUCAACUGGAAGAAAUAAACCCAAAGGUAAAUUGGAAUUAUUUUGUGUUCUCUCGUCAAUACGUGGUGUACAAAGAAUUUACAGUUCACAAAUUCCAUUUAUACGUAUUUUAUGGAUUUUAUUUGUCAUUAUCAUGACAUGUGUUUUAAUGGUUAGCUCGGGUUUUUUAAUUUCUGAUUAUUUAUGUUAUUCAACAGCAUGGAAUACACGUAGUUUGCUAGAUGAUAAAUCAGAAUUUCCCGCUAUCACAUUAUGUGCACAUAAUCCAUUUUCUUUAAAUGUGAAUACAUUAUGGAAAGAAAAUUUGGUACCAAGUCCAAGAGAGAUUAAAUCACGUUUAAGACAGCUAUUAGUAACAAUGUUAGAUAAUGGUAUAACAGAUUACACAGGAGAUUUAGCUUUUUCAGAUUCAAUAGAAUUUUAUUAUGCUAAUUUAAAUUCUGAUGAUACAAUUAAAGUUGGCCAUGAUAAAGAUAUGCUUUAUCAUUGUAUGUUGUAUGAAGAAGGUUCAACAGUUGUAGCGGAAAAAUGUGAUUUAGAACCAGAAACAUCUGUGCGAAUAAGACGUUUCACACAUCCGAAAUACUUUAACUGUUGGACUAUAGAUGGUAAACCAAAUGCUUCAACAUCUGAUGUUACACGGUUAAUUAUUCUAGCACAUUUAAUACCGCUGAAGAAAAUCGAAGGUGCAAAUACUUCAUUUAUUAUGGAUUCAUUCACACGUGGUGAAGGCAUUAAAGUUGUCAUACAUGAAAAAGGCACUUAUCCAGAAAUUGAGAAACAUGGCGUGAAUAUACAACCUGGUCGUAUGAAUGAAAUUAAUUAUGAAACAGUCUAUUGGAAACGUCUACAUACACCAGUUGCACCAUGUACCAAUGAAAAUAUUUCCAUUGAAGAUCUCGGUGUAUAUUAUACUUAUAAACAAAGUCAGUGCCUUAAUCGUAUGCUACAAAAUGAAUUAUUCACAAGAUGUGGUUGUUUAAAUUCUGAAUGGCCUCGACCAAUUAAAUUGUUAGAUGAUCAAAAAUCUUUACCAUAUUGUCAAAAAUUACCAACUAAUGUGAAUGAUAUACAUGGAGCUGAAGAAAUGAAAACACGUCUUGAUUGUUUUGGCACAGUGCUAGCUGAUUUAAAGCAACUUAAAGAGAAAGCUGUACAACAAGGUGUUUGUAUACCACGUUGUGGUUAUUAUACCUAUGAUACAAAAUUAAGUGUUACAUCAUGGGAUCCAGAUCCAUUAAAAUUGGCUUUAUACACCAAAGGUUAUAGACAUGUUGAUAAAUUUUUAAAUGAACCAAAUCAACGAAAACAUAUUGAUGAAUUAUUAGAGAAUUUUGAUGCUUCAAUAGAUCCAAUUAAAAAUAUCAAUCAAUUAACUUCAAUGAGUACAUUAUUUUCUAAUGAUUAUCAACGAUUCGAUGAUGGAACGCAUACAUAUAUUAGUUUAAUUAGACAAGAUUUUGACACAUUAAUGAAAGAAGAACGUUUGGUAUUUGAUAUUUAUAUAUUAAUCUCACGUAUAGGUGGUUUAUGUUCAUUAUGUAUUGGAUUAACAAUGGCAUUUAUUGUGGAAUUAGUUGAAUUUAUUUAUUUACUUUGUUGUAAAAAUGAUAUGAAAUUAGCACAAUCAAACAAAACUUAUCAAUUAAAUCAAAAUUUAAAAACUAGGCCAAUUAAUUGUACGCAACAGUGUUUAAAUGAAAAAGAAGCCAUGCAACCUAAUCGAUUUUAUCAGCCAGAUUUGAAAUCGUCAGUCAUCUCGAAUAAUAAUAGUCAUCAUCAUCAUCAUCAUCAUCAUCUUCAUCAUCAUCCUCAGUGUCAUCAACAUCAACAAGGCCAAAAUUGUUGGCAGUUAAAUUGUGAUAAUACUAAUAGUAAUAAUAAUAGUAAUAAUAAUAAUGAAGAAACUCCAGUCUCCGAAAUAAUUCACAAUUCUUAUACAUUAACAAAAGAUACAGAAAAUGAUAACCAAUCAGUGACAAACAAAUAUUACACAAACUCUGACUGAAAAUUGAAUAACUAUCAUAUAUUGUUAGUUGAAUAACUAACUAUCUUAUUUUAUAAAGCUAUAAAUUAUUGUGAAUAAUUUUGAUUUUAAAUUGUUGUCUAUUUCACACUUGAUUACAUAUUGUUAAUGAAAUUUUCAUGCUUAUCAUCAGUUUAUCAUGGAAGCUACACAUGAUUUCUCUGACCCAGUGUGAAUGUAUGUUUUUAAUAUCCGUAACAAGUACAUCCUCUAUUGAUUUUAUAUGUUAAUUAUACUUCACAAGGCUUCUUAAAAUGCUUACUUGCAUUCAUUACCUUCACUAUCGUGUAAUGUUAUUUUUUAAAAAAUGCCCCUACAUUGUUUCUUUCAUUCACAUACAGUUAGUUUCAUCCAACAGACACGUCGUCAAACAUUUACAUCUCAUUGUGCUUCGAUGUAAACAUUACUGAUGCCUUUUCUUGUUAGGAGGAUGAUAAACUAAUGUGUUCGAAAGACAAUAUUGCCAUACUUUCCAACAUUCAUGCAUUUUAUGAAUAUCGUUGUAAACGUCGUCAAUGAAACAUUAUUUUUUUUUGUUUUUGUUUUUAGUGUAAAUGAUUUUUCAGGAUAUGUGAAUUAAAG